UUCCCCACUUUCUUUGUAGACUCAUGCAAUGGCCACAGAUGACAAGAGUUCCCCGACACUGGAGUCUGCUAAUGAUCUGCCUCGCUCGCCCACUAGUCCGUCUCACCUCACUCAUUUCAAACCCUUGACUCCUGACCAGGAUGAGCCCCCCUUCAAGUCAGCAUACAGUUCUUUUGUAAAUCUUUUUCGUUUUAACAAAGAGAGAGGAGAAGGGGGCCAAGGAGAGCAGCCGUCUCCGAGUGCAGGUUGGUCCAGCCCUCAGAUCCCUUCGAGGACACAGUCUGUGAAGUCGCCUGGACCUUAUAAAAAGCAGCUCAGCGAGGAGCUCCAGCGGCGCUCUUCAGUGCUAGCAGAGAACACUUUGCCACAUCCCCAGGAGAACACAGACUCCAGAAGGAAAGUAGAACCAGCCUUUGGAGGUCAUGACCCACGUACAGCUGUUCAGCUCCGAAGCCUCAGCACAGUGUUGAAGCGCCUCAAGGAGAUCAUGGAAGGGAAGAGCCAGGACAGUGACCUGAAGCAGUACUGGAUGCCAGAUAGCCAGUGUAAAGAGUGCUAUGAUUGCAGCGAAAAAUUCACGACCUUUCGGCGCAGACACCAUUGCAGGUUGUGUGGGCAGAUUUUCUGCAGUCGUUGUUGUAAUCAAGAAAUCCCUGGAAAGUUUAUGGGCUACACAGGAGACCUCCGAGCGUGCACAUACUGCAGAAAAAUAGCCUUAAGUUAUGCUCAUUCCACAGACAGUAAUUCCAUUGGGGAAGACUUGAAUGCUCUUUCAGAUUCAACUUGCUCUGUGUCUAUACUUGAUCCAAGCGAACCUCGGACACCUGUUGGGAGUAGAAAAGCUAGUCGUAACAUAUUUUUAGAGGAUGAUUUAGCCUGGCAAAGCUUGAUUCAUCCAGACUCCUCAAACAGUGCUCUUCCGACAAGACUCGUCUCUGUUCAAGAGGACGCAGGGAAGUCUCCUGCUCGGAACAGAUCAGCCAGCAUUACUAAUCUGUCACUGGAUCGAUCUGGUUCUCCUAUGGUUCCUUCAUAUGAGACAUCUGUCAGUCCCCAGGCUAACCGAACCUAUGUUAGAACAGAGACUACUGAGGAUGAACGCAAAAUUCUUCUGGACAGUGUCCAGUUAAAAGAUCUGUGGAAAAAAAUCUGCCAUCACAGCAGCGGGAUGGAAUUUCAGGAUCACCGGUACUGGCUGAGAACACAUCCCAACUGCAUUGUCGGAAAGGAAUUAGUCAACUGGCUAAUCAGAAAUGGACACAUUGCUACAAGGGCACAAGCGAUAGCAAUUGGACAAGCAAUGGUUGAUGGACGUUGGCUGGAUUGUGUCAGUCAUCAUGACCAGCUUUUCAGGGACGAGUAUGCACUGUAUAGACCGUUGCAGAGUACCGAGUUUUCUGAAACACCUUCUCCAGACAGCGACUCGGUGAACUCUGUGGAAGGACACUCUGAACCAUCCUGGUUUAAAGACAUAAAGUUUGAUGAUAGUGACACAGAACAGAUUGCUGAAGAAGGCGACGAUAAUUUGGCUAACUCUGCCAGUCCUAGCAAGCGCACCUCAGUCAGCAGUUUCCAGUCCACAGUGGACAGUGACUCAGCCGCCUCUAUCAGCCUGAACGUGGAGCUGGACAACGUGAACUUCCAUAUCAAGAAGCCCUCCAAGUACCCACAUGUGCCCCCUCACCCUGCCGACCAAAAAGAGUAUUUGGUUUCUGACACUGGAGGACAGCAGCUCUCAAUAAGUGAUGCCUUCAUCAAAGAAUCUUUGUUUAAUCGUCGAGUAGAGGAAAAAUCCAAAGAACUGCCUUUUACCCCUUUGGGCUGGCAUCAUAACAACCUGGAGCUCUUGCGGGAGGAGAAUGAGGAGAAGCAAGCCAUGGAAAGACUGCUCUCAGCUAAUCAUAACCACAUGAUGGCGCUGCUCCAGCAGUUGCUUCACAACGAGUCAUUGUCAUCGUCGUGGAGGGACAUCAUUGUGUCCCUAGUCUGCCAGGUUGUUCAGACAGUCCGACCUGAUGUUAAGCACCAGGAUGAUGACAUGGAUAUCCGCCAGUUUGUCCACAUCAAGAAGAUUCCAGGUGGAAAGAAAUUUGAUUCUGUGGUUGUCAAUGGCUUUGUUUGUACCAAGAACAUUGCACAUAAAAAGAUGAAUUCUUGUAUUAAAAAUCCCAAAAUCCUUCUGUUGAAGUGUUCCAUUGAGUAUCUCUAUAGAGAAGAAACUAAGUUUACUUGCAUUGAUCCUAUUGUGCUUCAGGAAAGGGAAUUCUUGAAGAAUUAUGUUCAACGGAUAGUUGAUGUUCGACCCACAUUGGUUCUAGUUGAGAAAACAGUAUCUCGGAUUGCUCAGGACAUGUUACUGGAACAUGGCAUUACUCUGGUCAUUAAUGUAAAGUCACAAGUUUUAGAACGAAUCAGUCGAAUGACCCAAGGUGAUUUAGUGGUGUCCAUGGACCAGCUGCUCACUAAACCACACCUGGGCACUUGCCACAAAUUUUAUAUGCAGAUAUUUCAGUUGCCUAAUGAACAAACCAAAACACUGAUGUUUUUUGAAGGCUGUCCACAGCACCUAGGAUGUACAAUCAAGCUCAGAGGAGGCUCCGAUUAUGAGCUGGCUCGAGUUAAGGAGAUCCUAAUAUUUAUGAUCUGUGUAGCUUAUCAUUCUCAACUAGAAAUCUCCUUUCUCAUGGAUGAGUUUGCUAUGCCUCCAACUUUAAUGCAAAGCCCUUCAUUCCCUUCUCUGUCUGAGGGCCGAGGGGAAGAGGGAGUGCCCCAGGAGCAGUACAGUGGCAGCUCCCUUCCCCAGGACCCAGAGUGCCCUCCUGACUCCCUGUCUUCUGAUGAUAGCACUUUGUUGGAAUCAAGGAUUACGCUUGAGAAAGGUGAGCAGGACAGUAAAAGUGUUCCCCAGGUGGUUGCCUCUGUGAAACAUCAAGAUUAUACUGCACCCGCUUGCCCAGCAGGUAUUCCCUGUGCUCUCUUUGCGUUGGUACCUGAAUCCUUGUUGCCUCUCCAAGUGGAUCAACAGGAUGCUAUAGGAAAUGAAGAACUAGAGACAUCGCAGCAAACAGAUGAACAACAGGAUCCCAAAAGCCAGAUACGAGCCUUUAGAGACCCCCUACAGGAUGACACUGGGAUGUACAUUACUGAGGAAGUCACCUCCUCUGAAGAUAAACGAAAGACUUACUCUUUGACAUUUAAACAAGAAUUAGAAGAUGUGAUCCUCUGUAUCUCUCCAGUUAUUACAUUCCGGGAACCUUUCCUUUUAACUGAAAAGGGGAUGAGGUGCUCAACUCGAGAUUAUUUUCCAGAGCAGAUUUACUGGUCUCCUCUCCUCAACAAAGAGGUGAAGGAAAUGGCGCUCAGGAGGAAGAAACAGCUGCUCAGGGAUCUCUCUGGACUUCAGGGCAUGAAUGGCAGUGUUCAGGCCAAGUCUAUUCAAGUCUUACCCUCACAUGAGCUAGUGAGCACCAGGAUAGCCGAGCAUCUGGGUGAUAGCCAGAGCUUGGGCAGAAUGCUGGCUGAUUAUCGAGCUAGAGGAGGAAGAAUUCAGUCAAAACAUUUGGACCCUUUUGUCCAUUCAAAAGAUGCAUCAUGUACUUCAGGUUGCAAAUCGGGAAACAAAAAUGAGAGUGAUGAAGAGAGGGGGUUGGUCCCAAGUGACGCCUUAUGGGCGACGAAGGUGGACUGCCUGAAUCCGGCCAACCACCAGAGGCUCUGUGUCCUCUUCAGCAGCUCCUCUGCCCAGUCCAGCAAUGCUCCCAGUGCUUGUGUCAGCCCUUGGAUUGUAACAAUGGAAUUUUAUGGAAAGAAUGAUCUUACACUGGGAAUAUUUUUAGAAAGAUACUGUUUCAGAUCAUCUUACCAAUGUCCUAGCAUGUUCUGUGAUACCCCCAUGGUGCAUCACAUUCGACGCUUUGUUCACGGCCAAGGCUGUGUGCAGAUAAUCCUGAAGGAGUUGGAUUCUCCAGUGCCUGGAUAUCAACAUACAAUUCUCACAUAUUCCUGGUGCAGAAUCUGCAAACAAGUAACACCAGUUGUUGCUCUUUCAAAUGAAUCCUGGUCUAUGUCAUUUGCAAAGUACCUUGAACUUCGGUUUUAUGGGCACCAAUAUACACGCAGAGCCAAUGCUGAGCCAUGUGGUCACUCUAUCCACCAUGAUUAUCACCAAUAUUUCUCUUAUAACCAGAUGGUGGCAUCCUUCAGUUAUUCUCCUAUUCGGCUUCUUGAAGUGUGUGUUCCACUACCAAAAAUAUUCAUUAAACGUCAAGCCCCACUAAAAGUGUCCCUGCUCCAGGACCUCAAGGACUUUUUUCAGAAAGUUUCACAGGUGUACCUAGCUGUUGAUGAAAGACUUGCAUCCUUGAAAACAGAUACAUUUAGCAAAACAAGAGAGGAAAAAAUGGAAGAUAUUUUUGCACAAAAAGAGAUGGAAGAGGGUGAGUUCAAGAACUGGACUGAGAAGAUGCAAGCAAGGCUUCUGUCCUCCUCUGUGGACGCCCCUCAGCAGCUGCAGUCCAUCUUUGAGUCACUCAUAGCCAAGAAGCAGAGUCUCUGUGAGGUGCUGCAAGCGUGGAACAGCAGGUUGCAGGACCUUUUCCAGCAGGAAAAAGGUAGAAAGAGGCCUUCGGUUCCUCCCAGUCCUGGGAGACUGAGACAAGGUGAAGAAAGCAAGAUAAGUGCAAUGGACACAUCUCCAAGGAAUAUUUCUCCAGGACUUCACAAUGGAGAAAAAGAGGAUCGCUUCUUGACAACCCUGUCCAGCCAGAGCUCCACAAGCUCUACACAUCUCCAGCUGCCAACUCCUCCUGAGGCCCUGGCUGAGCAACUAAUGGGAGGGCCUUCCGACCUCGACACAGCCAGUGGCUCUGAAGAUGUAUUUGAUGGGCAUUUGCUGGGAUCCACAGACAGCCAGGUGAAGGAAAAGUCAACCAUGAAAGCCAUCUUUGCUAAUUUGCUUCCAGGAAACAGCUAUAAUCCCAUCCCAUUUCCUUUUGAUCCAGAUAAACACUAUUUAAUGUAUGAACAUGAACGGGUACCCAUCGCUGUCUGUGAGAAAGAGCCCAGCUCCAUCAUUGCUUUUGCACUCAGUUGUAAAGAAUACCGAAAUGCCUUAGAGGAAUUGUCCAAGGCAACUCUGUGGAACAGUGCUGAAGAAGGGCUUCCAACAAAUAGUGCUUUAGAUAACAGACCAAAGAGUAGCAGCCCCAUUAGAUUACCUGAGAGUAGUGGAGGACAGACAAACCGUCCAGUAGACGCAGAACCUCAAUCAACCAAAAAAGCUUCAGGAAUGUUGUCCUUCUUCAGAGGAACGUCAGGGAAGAGCCCCGAUCUCUCUUCUCAGAAGAGGGAGACCUUACGUGGGGCCGACAGUGCUUACUACCAGGUGGGGCAGAGCGGCAAAGAGGGGAUGGAGAGCCAAGGCGUGGAGCCUCAAGAUGAGGUAGAUGGAGGAGACACACAGAAAAAACAACUCACAAAUCCUCAUGUGGAACUUCAAUUUUCGGAUGCAAAUGCCAAGUUUUACUGUCGGCUGUACUAUGCAGGAGAGUUUCAUAAGAUGCGGGAGGUGGUUCUGGGGAGCAGUGAGGAAGAUUUCAUCCGCUCCCUUUCUCACUCCUCACCCUGGCAGGCCCGGGGAGGCAAGUCAGGAGCUGCUUUCUACGCCACGGAAGAUGAUAGAUUCAUUCUGAAGCAAAUGCCUCGUCUGGAAGUUCAGUCUUUCCUGGACUUUGCGCCACACUACUUCAACUACAUCACAAAUGCCGUUCAACAGAAGAGGCCCACUGCUUUGGCCAAAAUUCUUGGAGUUUACAGAAUUGGUUAUAAGAACUCUCAAAACAACACUGAGAAGAAGUUAGAUCUCCUUGUCAUGGAAAAUCUUUUCUAUGGGAGAAAGAUGGCACAGGUUUUUGAUUUGAAAGGUUCACUUAGGAAUCGAAAUGUAAAAACUGACACUGGGAAAGAGAGUUGUGAUGUAGUUCUGCUGGAUGAAAACCUCCUAAAGAUGGUUCGUGACAACCCUCUGUAUAUUCGUUCCCAUUCCAAAUCUGUGCUGAGAACCUCCAUCCAUAGUGACGCCCAUUUUCUUUCAAGCCACCUCAUUAUAGACUAUUCUUUGCUGGUUGGUCGAGAUGACACUAGCAAUGAGCUGGUAGUUGGAAUCAUAGAUUAUAUUCGAACAUUUACAUGGGACAAAAAGCUUGAGAUGGUUGUGAAGUCAACAGGAAUUUUAGGUGGACAAGGUAAAAUGCCAACUGUGGUUUCUCCAGAGUUGUAUAGGACUAGAUUUUGUGAAGCAAUGGACAAAUAUUUCCUGAUGGUGCCGGACCACUGGACAGGGUUGGAUCUGAAUUGCUGAAAUUCUGCAGAUGACUUGAAGUAGACUGUGAAGGAACGUGGAUCUGAGCAAGAGGCCCAAUUCUCAUCUAUCACUGAACACAAAGGCCUUUCAGUUCUGUGAUUGCCCAUAGACUUUUUUUAGACUAUUCAUAACUGCAGGGUAAAAGCUCCAUGAAUUGUACUUUGCUUCUGCUCCUUGAAAUUAGCUGACUAUAAAGCAGGAAACUAUACAAAGUUAAAUACAGGUUCUUCUCAAGGGGCUGUGGUUGGAGAUGAACGUGUAGUAUCAUAUUUACUAACUCAGUUGAUUAAAGAAUAAAGCUCUGUCUGGUAGACUGCGACUAUCUGGUGGACCGUGACUAUCUGAUAGAUUGUAGCUGUCUGGUCAACUGUGACUGAUAGAUUGUGACUAUCUAAUUAAGAUUGUGGCUGUCUGGUAGACCAUAACUAUCUGAUAGAUUGUAGCUGUCUGGUAGACUGUGACUGUCUGAUAGGUUGUAACUGUCUGGUAGACUGUGACUGAUAGAUUGUGACUAAUAGAUUGUGGCUGUCUGGUAGACUGUGAUAGAUUGUGACUGAUAGAUUGUAGCUUAUCCGGUAGACUCUCCCUGAGACUUACAGACUUCCUUAGUUCAUUUUAUGUUUCCUAUGUAGUAACUUUAUGUGUGUACUUAUAAUUUCUGAAAUAUUUAGGAAAGUUCUUAUUUACUCCAUUAAUAGCCUGUUAAACAGAUUGGUGCUUGCUUUAUUAGGAGUUUGAUUAAACUGGGAAUCCUGUCAUACUCUGUAUUCUCAGCUCACCUUGUUUUUAGUUGUAUUUGAGGCUUUAUCAUUCUUUUUGCGGGUGGUGAGAGCCUAUAACCGUUUGCUUUAAAGCCUUUCUUAGAGCACUUUAAGGAGCUUGUUUAGAACUUCUGUGUAAUGUGCCAAACAGCACUUAGCCUGCGUGUGCAUUUAUAGUCUGGAGUUUUCUCUAAUUUGGGGGAAACAGAAUGAGCAGGAAAUGAAUCUGUAGUCACUGAAUCCCAAACUGAACAAUUAAUAAUGAAGGAUUUUUUUGAUAGUAAAAGAUAGAUUAGACCCAAUCUAAGAGUGAGAAGAAAUAAUUGUUUUGUUUUAUAGUGGUAAAGUAUCUUUCAACACUGUUAGCAGUUUAGUGGGAUCUCUAAAGUUAAAUGGUUUUGCUGUGGAUAUUCUCACUUUUAAGUUUUUACCACACUGACCAGUGCUGCUGAGAAAUGCUGAGAGGUGAAGUUAGUCCUAUUUAAGGACCUUGUUACUAGCCAGCAGGCUUGUUUAAAAAGUGACUAGGAAUCUUGAACUAUGAGAUGCUAUCACCCCAGAAAAUAAUAAGAAAUAUGUGAACAUUUCCUCUUGACUUUUAUGUAACAAGGAUAUUUGGACAUUUAUAAAGUUGUAAUUCAAUUUUUUCAAACUUCCUCUAAUAGCACAUCAAUAUUCACAGAAAAAAAAAAGAGGCUGGAUGUGUUGUGCUACAUAGAACAGCCUGCACCUGAACUAGGCACACAUUUGACAGGUUUGCUGUAGAGAGUGAAGUGAUAGCUAGCUAUUUGUUUAUUGAGAACUUUAGUUUUGAAUUCAUAGCAAGUUAAAUAAGGACGUAUGUCUACCUGGUGUUAAGCCUCAGCCUCUCAGUCUUGUGUCUGUGCCUUGUGAAGGUGGACCAAAUCCUGCAGAGUCCAGUUGUGAUACUAAAGGUCAGCAAAGGAGUUGUACUGACAUGAAGAUUGUGUGUGUGCCACUUCUGUGCGUCCAGAAACAAAGGCUGUCCUGUCUGGUUUGAAAUGCCAGCUCUGUUCAUUCUUUCUGUCCGGUUGGUUAGGGCUGUAUGUCCUCCCAACUUCCUCUGGGACUGUACUGAUGCCUUUCCCUGCUGUGUGUGGUUGUUUCUGUUUUUCUUGUUGGUUUCAGUUCAGUGCACAGUGCUGAGCUCCAGGGAGGGCAGUAACCGCUGACAGGAGCAUGGCAUUCCCAUCCUCUCUUGCCCCUGACUUGAAAAGCAGUUUUGCUUUUUAGAGUAUUGCCUCUGGUAUUUUGGUAACUAAACUUUCUGAGGCAAGAUUAUUGCUUUGAAAGCUUGACUUGUCCUUUUAAAAUUAAUGUUUGACUGGUAUUAAUGAAGGGGAAUUGCCUAAUUGAUCUGUCUUGCAAGAUACAAGUGUGUGACUCCUGGCUGCUUGCAUUUAGCCACUGCCAUGCAUAUGUUUAUAUAGUAUUUCAAAUGCUUUGAAUUGAAUGACUGAUUUCCUCUUGAACUUCCUUUCAUGGCCUAAAGAAUUUUAAUGUUGAAAAGCUGUGAAUAAGGAAGAAAUCUCAUGCUCAGAUUAUAAAAUGAAUUCCAAAGUAACUGAUAGUAACAUGAGAGAAUUAUGUCAACAUGUUGCUUUGUAUAAAAAACUUAUCUGUAAAUACAAAGCUUUUUGAUUAUAUAAAAUUUUGAUUAAAAAUUAGAAGAGACUUUUUUUUUCUCUGUCUGAGGGAAGAAAGGAGAAAUGAGCCGUUGUGAGCCCCUUUGUAGUCUACUGUGUGCUUUAUAGGUUCUUAAGGUCCUACAGAAAUCUAAGCAUCUGUAUAAAUAACACGUCAUUCAGACCAGCAUUGGCUCAUGUGACAGCUUUGUGGCUGACUGGUUUUGGCCCUUUAACCGUCAGCAGUGGGCUUCUUGGAAAUGCUAAGGAGAGUUAUUAGCCUGUAGAAAGUUAGCAGAGUUUCCAUUGUGAAAACCAUUGCCAGUGAGUCUGGUGAAGUCUGACUAGAACAUUCAUGCUCUCAAAAUGACUUAUGCAGUAUUCAAAAUGUCCAGUGCAAUGCCUUUUUUUUUCCUUUUUUUUUUUUUUGGGGUUGUUUUUGUAACGGGUGCAGUGUAUUAUAGGGAAAAAUGAAAAUUACAAUCAUGAGCAGUUUUGUUAAUGCUGCUUUGCCAGUUUUAUAGAAGAUGUACAUACUGUCUUUCAACAGGCUUUAAACCAAUAGAAAUAAUGUUGAAAAUCACAGUAGCCUCUUAAUUUAAUAUGAAAAACUCAAUAUUAAAAGUACUUAAUGUAUUGAAAUGUAUAUAUUUCUCUAACCUUGUUUUCAAUUGUUUUAUAUGAUUGACAUGUUAUUUAAAGAUAACCCUAGCCUUUUAGAGACUUGUACUGUAAAUAAAGAGGACCUACAAUAAACUGGAAUUUAUAUA